CCGCCCCCACCCCGGUGGCUCCGCCCCUGCGGGCACCGGCGGAAGUGGAUCGGGACACGCAGGGCCCCCCCGGCGCGGCCGCCGCCGCCGCCAUGGCCGCUGUGUGGCAGCAGGUGCUGGCUGUGGAUGCGAGGUACGCCGCCUACCGCACCCCUCGCUGGCCCCAGUUCCGGACCCAGUACGUGCGGCGCCGGAGCCAGUUGCUGCGGGAACAGGCGCAAGGAGGAGCCCUGGAGGGCAACACCCGGCGCUGGUACCUGCGGGUGCGCAGCCGGCUCCUGGCCCAGCGCUAUGGGUCCCUGUCGGAGCAGAGCAGCUGCCGGGCCCACAGCAGCAGUGCCCUCCGCGCCAGCCGCACCACACUGGACCGCAUGGAGGACUUUGAGGACGACCCUCGGGUAGCACGAGGACAUCGGCGCUCCCUGAGCCGCGGCUCCCACCCUGGGGUGCCCCGGGGGGGGCCAGAUGAGCGCCCCCCCGGUGUGGUGCCCACCCCAUUGGCCGAAGCCAGCCGUGCCAUGGCCGGUGACACCACCCUGAGCGAGAACUACGCCUUUGCCGGCGUCUACCACGUCUUCGACCAACACACGGACAGCGCCGUACCAAAGGUGCAGUUCGCCCACGACGACCGGCACUUGUUGGCCUGUUGCUCUCUGGACGGCACCAUCUCCGUGUGCCGCCUGGCACCGGGACCACCGGCAGUGCUACAGGUGUUGCGGGGUCACGGUGCUGGUGUAGCCGAUUUCGCCUGGUCCCUGUCCAACGAUGUCCUGGUGUCGGCUUCAUUGGAUGGGACCCUGAGGCUCUGGGCUCCGGUUGACGGCCGCUGCAUCCGCCGUGUGCCUGACCCCGAUGGUGCUGCCCUGCUCUGCUGUGCAUUCCAGCCGCUCAACAACAACCUCACUGUGGUUGGCAGCGCCCGGCACAUGGUGCGUGUGGUGAACAUCUCCACCGGGAAGCCAGCACGUGGUGGUGCCGGUCGCUUACCGGGACGGGUCCUGGCUCUUUGCUUCGAUGCCCUCGGCCGCAUCCUAUGGGCUGGAGACGACCGAGGCUCCGUCUCCUCCUUCCUCUGUGACCCUGGCACUGGGAGGCUGACGAAGGCCUCGCGGGUGGUGGUACAGGCAGGAGGCUCCAUCACAUCCUUGUCCGCACGGGCAUGGGCCAGUCGGGAGGCUCCUGACCCAUCACUGCUGGUUAAUGCCUGUCCCGACCGACUGUUGCUGUUCAGGGUGGUGGAAGAGGAGGGUUCGGGGGCACCAGGGCUGAGGCUGCGACGAAGCUUCCCCACCAAGCACCGGGAGCAGCCCCUAAGGAGCUGCUUCUGUCCCCUCAUGUCCUUCCGCCAGGGAGCAUGUGUGGUGACAGGCAGCGAGGACGCCUGUGUUCACUUCUUCGACGUGGGUCGCACAGCUCGAGCCACCGUUAACACCCUCCAGGGCCACGGUGGGGCCGUGUUGGCUGUUGCCUUCAACUGCGACGAGAGCCUGUUGGCCUCCAGCGACACCACCGGUACAGUCAUCGUGUGGCGUCGGCAGCACGCCUGACAACCCCCCCCCGCAACCGAGUGUUGUUGUGUGUACCCCUUAACACGGCACAGACCCCCCUCUGUGGUCAACAAGCGUGUUUGCCCCAGUGCUAUGGGGCUAGAAGAGGUA